UGGCAACACUGGCAACAUUAUUUUUGACAGCUGUGUUUGUGAACUCACCACUCAGUUUUGUUAGUUAUUGUGUGAUUAGUUCUUUCUAUACGUAUCUAUUGAAAAGUUAAAGUGAGGAGACAAAUAAUACGCAAUAUGGAGAAACCAACUGUUACUGAAGAGCCUCCACCGUAUUCCGCUGCGGUUCCACCAGGUCCGCUGCCGCAGCCGGCUGGAGCCCCGGGUGCGUCGUUCCCGCCGCCGCCCGCGGGCGCGACCUAUCCUCCCCCUCCACCGGGAUAUACGCCAUACGGAGUGCCUCCCCCAGGUACAGGCUUCAUGCCCAACUAUGGGGCCACUAGCAUAAUAAUACCACCCCCUAUCAUAGCAGUGGGCGCGUGCCCCGCCUGCCGUGUUGGUAUUCUUGAAGAUGAUUUCACGUGCCUCGGAAUCCUAUGUGCUAUUCUAUUCUUCCCCCUAGGGAUACUAUGUUGCCUCGCUCUGAAAAAUAGGAGAUGUUCGAAUUGUGGAGCUUUGUUCGGUUAGACACUGAUAACGAGCCUUGUUAAUGUUUUGAUAAAGAAAUGUUGAAUAUUGAAAGGUCUAUGUAUGAAAUAACAGUUACUGUUAAUAUAAACUAUAUUGCUUAUGUUUAAACAUAGUAUGUCAACAAAAGCCUGCAACUGAAAGACAAAAGAGAUAUGUUAAAGAGUAUGCAAUGAGCAUGAUGUUAAGAUAAUAUAGUUUGCAUAUAAAUUGACAUGCACUAUGUUUAACAGAAGCAAGUUCAGUAUUUUAUUUUUUUAAACAAAAAGCCUCUAUCUUAAUGUUGGUCAUUAUCAUAAUUUAUGUCAAUUAAUAGAUAUGAAUAUAACAAAAAUAUACAAUGCUUCAUUACUUUGAAUAGUUGUAGGAAUAAGGAAAUUGAUUUUAAAAUUGAAUCAUACAAUUGUUUCUGUAUCUUAAUUUACAAUCAGUAAGAUAAAUAAGAUAAAAGUGAUUAGUGUAAAAAAAUAUGUAAAUCAUAUGAAUAUAACUUGCGAAGCUAAUUCAUAAUUAUUUAUUUAACAACAGUCAACUCAUGCAUAUUUAUCGGUAUUGCCCAACUAGUUUUGGUACCAAUGGCGUAUCUAUUCUCACAUAUAGCAUGAGUAAACCAGUUGUGAAAUAAGUAAUCAUACUAUUAUAUUCACUAUUUCUUGAAUUUUUCAUAUAAAAGUAUGUUAUAUCUACAACAACAUCACAUUUUUUAUUUUCUUAUAAAUUUUUGACCAAAUUAUUGUAAAUGGCAUAAGAUACUGAGAACAUUCCAACUGUUUAUAAUACUUAAAACGAAAGAAUAAUGACAAUGUUUUCUAUUAAGUGCCAUCACUCAAGAAUUGGGAACUUAGAUACUAUCUUCACAAAACUAUCUUCCUUAGCACCAUUUAUUUUGACAACCAGUCUCAUUAUAGAAUAUUAAGUUACCCAAUACACAUUUUGUGGAGGUCAAAUUGACUUUUACUUUGGUGAGUCUACUCCAGUUUAUGCACUUAAAAAAGGUAAACAAUCUUCGUGUCUUUUUAUACUAACACAUAAUAAAUCAAUGAACAACUGAAAUUUUCAGUAGCUUAAUUGAUUUGAAUUUUCAUUGUUGUUUUUUAGUUGUGUGUUAUUAAAAUUUCUAAACUGAAUUUGUGAGACAAAAAUAUUGUUUAUUCUUUUUAAGUAUCUACCUAAACAAAUCCUGUAUACGCUAUCCUUAAAAAUGUCUGGUCACCAUAAAAAUCUUCUAUUUUUCUGACAAUAUUUCUUUUGCCUUACUUUUCGACUGUUAAAAACGAUUUUUUGUACUAGCUCAAAUAUUUGUGCUGCUCAAAUUCCUCAAUUGAAGGGGACAUGUAAACAUUUUGAAAUCAUACUUAUAACCUCUGUUUGCAUUCUAGAAUGGUGGAUGAGAUAGAUCACACUAAAUACGAAAGUACGUGAUUGUGUUUGUUUUUUACUUCUUCACGCUCAAACGGCUUGACCGAUUUUGAUGAAAUUUGGUAUGGACGUAGAUGUAACCUUGGAUUAACACAUUGGCUACUUUCCGACUUCUUCAAAAGAGGGUUAUGUUUUUGCAGCUAUAACUGACACACAAACAACAGCUAAAAAGAAAUGAUUUUAACAUUUUUAUUGACUAGUAUUUAAUCAUGUAAAGGUAGACUCCCUUUUGAUAUCUGCUAUAAUGUAUUCUGAGCUCUUUAGCAACAGAUAUUAAGAGAACACUUCAUACUUUUGUAUUACCUACUUGUAAUUAAGCAAAUCACCCUAGAUUUGACGACUAACUAUGUAAUUACUGAUUUCUAUUGACAUAAUAAUGUACUUAUGACAAUAUUUAUUUAUUGAUUAUGUUGUUUAUAUAUCUUUCUGUAUCAGGAGAUGGGAAGCGUUUGUGAUAAGCAUGUAGGCCAGAGACUAAAGUAGAUAGAGUAUGAGUCACUUAAUAUGUUGAAAAGUGAAUCAUAAAAAUUAAGUGUAUGGGGAUUUACUUGUGACAGACAGUUCAAAGCAAAUAUAAUUCAAUACUAAGUUCAAAAUGCCAUAUAAAUGUGUAUGGAGGGUAUGAAUGCUAUUUUAAAUGUAGGUUUCCAGUAUUCUUGUACAUUUCUAAUUUGACAGAGGUUUUGACUGGUGUUAAUUUUUUGCUCUAUCUACUUUUUCUGAUCUGCGUUUUAGUGUCAUACAUUUUUAUUGAUUUUAUUGUAACCUAUAUCGGAUAUAAAAAUAUUGUUUAAUGUUGCCAUUAAAAAAAAACAAGAUAUUUGUUGAAGAGUUGCUGGUCUUUGUUAAUUAAAUUUAGUACAAAACUAGGGCAUAUUAUAUUCUUAUCUAUUGAACAAAAUUUACUAUGUCAAAUAUUAUGUGAUUAUAUAUUUUAUGAUUUUUUUAAAUUCUUGUUGGCUGCCUAUUAUUAAAUUUAAUUCUUAGUUUAUAAAGUUAAGCAUUCAAUAAACUUGUCAUCACUAAUGGAGUUAAAACCGUAGAAUAAAUUCCUGAAAUACAUUUUUCUACUAAACUACAAAAAAAUAUAUUUUAUAUUUAAGUUAUGCGUAGGUAAUUGUGGAAUCACACUUUUAAAAUGGUUUCUCCAUAUUAUUUCUAGUAAAUAUUCAUUUCUAUUCACAUCUAUGAGAAAGUAUAAAAUAAGUAAAAAGACAUGUAUUUAAGUUAUAUAACAAAAGAAAAAAUGUACGCAAUGAGAUUUAGAGUUUAAAAUUCCUUUCAUAUUUGUUACACGUCCAGUUAAGCUCAAUUUUAUCAUAAAAAGUAAGUACUGAGAUUGUAAAAUAGCUAGUUAGCUAUAGCAAUGGCUGAAUUGUCAAAACCGGCAUUGACAAAACAAAAGUAACUGGCAUUGUCACAUUUAUUUAUUGUUUUCUCUGAUAGACUCCUGACUAUCAACUAUUGUAGGUGUAGAAGGGAGACAUCGCGUUACAUCAUACAAGAGUGCAUCUUCUUAAUGUCUAAUUAAAAGUAGUAAAGCCUUGAAUUGUAAAGUUUUAUAAGAAAACCUUCCAAUUGUUUAAAUCACCAACUCAAAAAUCUGGAAAAUUAGUGGUGUUGACAUAGUUUUUAUACAAAAUCUUUUGCAUAUUUGUUUAUAAGAAUUUUGUUUGAUAAGUUAGAAAAUGAGGGAAAUGAGCUCUGCAAAGAUGUUGACGUAUUGUGACAAAGAUUUGUUAGUAACUUCCCGUCAUUUGUGGACUAUUGAAAACUUAUGUGAGCGACCGGUAGCAGAGUAACUUGACUAGCAAAGAUACACUAAUCGUUUUGCGCUACAAAUAACAAGAAUUAUGAAAUAACUUCUAAGAUGGUUUCUUUUUUUGGGAUCAAAGUACUCGUCAAGACGAAUCAAACGAGCCCAAACUCGAUGGUGUUUUGUCUUUUCUUGGUGGAGUCUAUGGAUAUCUUCCAUUGUCACGCAAUGUUCAAAUGAAUGCAAAAUUUCAGCUCCAUCGGUUGAGAUCGAAUAAAAAGCAUCUUAUUCUGAAUUUCUUGUGGAAUUAAAUCUGUAUCGCCAUUUUGACCAGCAAAUGUGGCUUUGUUUUAUUGAAAACAUAAUAAUUAUGGUGUGCUGCUAGAUCGUUUUAGAUUGUUAGGUUCCUUAUACGUUUGUUGUUGAAGUUUAAAAACGCUAGACGAUACGAUUACAAGCCUUUUGAAGUUUUUUUGAAUUAACAUCUACCCUCUAACGACGAACUGAAUAGGUUAGAUUUGACAAAAAUAUGUCGCAUCAAAAGCCUUUGAAUUGUUGAUAAGUAAAACGUUAUAAUAAGUAUAUAAGUUGUAAACUUCUUUAUAUUAUAUGUAAUUAUUGAAUUUAUAUAGGUUUGAAUAAAGUUUGGGAAUAAAAAAGUG